GAAAGUGCGGCGACGGAGGCGGCACGUCGGUCUCGUUUCAGCGCUGCGCAGCUGAAACCGGCAAGCGAGCACGUUGUCAAAGUGCUUGUGUUUCACCGUUUCACUCAUUCCAAGACCACUUUCAGUAGCAAAGCAACCAAAUCUGAGACAUUCGACCCCAGCGAGUACGGAAGAAGAAGAAAUGGUGAUGGAGAAGCCAAGUGCCCAGCUGGUCGGGCGAGAGUUUGUCCGACAGUACUACACGCUGCUCAACCAGGCCCCCGACUACCUGCACAGGUUCUACGGGAAGAACUCAUCUUACGUCCACGGGGGGCUGGACACGAGUGGCAAGCCCCUGGAGGCCGUUUACGGACAGUCGGACAUCCACAAGCGUGUGAUGGCACUGAGCUUCCGCGACUGCCACACGAAGAUCCGCCACGUGGACGCGCACGCCACCCUGAACGAGGGCGUGGUGGUGCAGGUCAUGGGCGAGCUCUCCAACAACAUGCAGCCCAUGAGGAAGUUCAUGCAGACCUUCGUGCUCGCCCCGGAGGGUACAGUGACCAACAAGUUUUACGUCCACAACGACGUCUUUCGCUACCAGGAUGAAGUCUUUGCUGAUUCGGACUCGGAACCGCCCGAAGAGUCUGAUGACGAGGUGGAGGAGCUGGAGGAGCGAGUUGCCUCUCCGGGCGUCAUGGCCGACGAGUCCGUACCUGCUUUUUACCAACCUGCAUCCAUUCCUGAAUCAUCACACCCCGCUGACGAGGACGAAGCGGCAGCUGCGGCCAGUCCGGAGCCAGAACCCGAAGUGGAGAAGGAAGCGGAGGUUGUCGCCGCGGUGGAGGUGAAGGCCGCCGCUACGCCAGAGACGCAAAGUGACGCGCACACACACUCGGCCAAUGAGCAGCCAGACAAGAACGCCGCCACAGAACCUGCUGAAAUUGCAACCGCCGCACCGGAAGAGAACAGGCCGUUCUCGUGGGCGUCUGUGACCAGUAAGAACCUCCCGCCCAGCGGGGCCAUCCCCGUGUCAGGAAUCUCGCCACACGUCGUCAAAGCCCCCCCCGCGGCACCGGCGCGCGUCGACGUCAAGUCUGAGUCUCAGUCGGCGUCGCAGAGACCUCCGCAGCGGGACCCCCGACCCCGAGAGCAGCGACCGGGCGCCCCUCCCCCCGUGUACAGAGGACGCCCCGGUACGCUCCAAACAGGAAGUGACGUCCUCCCGAGCGGACGGCAGUGUGCCGAUUUAGUUUUUGUUGUUUUGUUUCCAGUUCAUGAGGGCGAGCAGGGCGAGGUGGAAGUCCGGCGGACGGUGCGUUACCCCGACACCCAUCAGCUGUUUGUCGGCAACGUACCGCACGACGUGGACAAGAGCGAGCUCAAGGAGUUCUUUGAGCAGUACGGGACGGUUCUGGAGCUGCGGAUCAACAGCGGAGGAAAACUUCCCAACUUCGGCUUCGUGGUGUUUGACAACUCCGAGCCGGUCCAGAAGAUCCUCAGCAGUCGACCCAUCAAGCUCCGCGGCGAGGUGCGUCUGAACGUCGAGGAGAAGAAGACGCGCUUGGCCCGGGAAGGCGAGCGGCGGGACGUGCGGCCUCGCGGGCCGGGAGGACCCGGAGGUCCCCGGGAGCGCGUCGGCGGCGGUCCCAGGGGCCCUCCCGGCGUGUCCCGCGGGGGAGCCGCCCAGAAGCCCAGCUUCGGUUCCGGGCGCGGCGCGGCACCCGGCGAGGGGCGCUACUCGGCGCAGCGCCCGUGAGGUGGAGGCGACCGCAUUCUGACAAUUGGACUUGACCAAAUUGACCUCGAAGCGUCCUUCAUGUCUUUGGAUUUAGUUUAGUUAGCAACUUUUGGUCGCGUCACUGUCCUGCCCCCACCGCCAUCUUGACUCCCGGACGCGUCUUGUCUCAGUGUUUAUUUUUUUUUUUCUUCUCUCUCUCUUCUCUCUCUCCUUUCUUCCCCCAAGCGGACUGGAAGUGGGAAGUGGACUGGUGUACUUGAAUCUCCCGCCUGUUCUGUUCCUUAAAGGAACGCCGCGCCAGUGCUGGAGGCACUCGGCGUCUUUUUAGCAAGCUCGGCGGCGCUUCCCGCUGGGCCCGCCCAGCGCGCAACUAAAUUAAAGUCAUUUGCUCUUUUAAAAAAC